CAACCCUCUUAUCUGACAACCGAAGUAUUAUAAUAUAUGGAGGUAGCAAUCAAACUGCUGGAUAUUCCGGUCUAGCAAUUCUGAAUCUUUCAACCUAUGUGUGGAACGUUAUUUCACCAACUGGAAAUGUACCAUCUAUAAUUUCAAGCGGUCAUGAAGCUACACUCUAUUUUGACGUAAUAAUUUUUUCAUUUGGAGAAUAUUUUGACGAUAUUUUUACUCGCCAUUUAAUAAAUCCUUCAAUAAGAAUUCUCAACGUUUCAAAUGGUCAAUAUAGAUGGAUUGACUCAUACAUUCCACCCCCAAUUCCUGACCAAAUUCAAAAUUCAAACAACUCAGAUAAAAUUAUUAUUAUUGGAUUUGUUAUUAGUUUAGGAAUAAUAGUACUUUUGUAUAUUCACAAAAAAACACGAAGAGG